AGUGAAAAUCUUACAGAAGCAGCUCUGUGACCUCUCCUUCACCUCCCUCAGCCUGCCAUGCGGGCAAAAAUCUUAAGGGGGUGGGGAAGUCUCAGCUUAGGCAGGAUCGGGUGAGCAUGGGUUAAGUGAAAAGGGCCAAUUAGAGAAUAGGUGAUGCAACAUCGGCCGAACCUGCAGCAGGAUGUAACAACCAAAAAGAAUGUGUCAGGGUUAACCCCAUAGUCGCUGGAAAAGGUAAAAGAACUGCUCCUGGGUUGGUCAAUUCAAAAGACCCCCCGGAUAUCAUAAUUGGAUCCCGCCAAAAGUAACUGUCACUUACAAUAAAAUAACUGGUCGUAAUACCUGUCAACAAUAAUGUAACCUACUGAUUGGGACGCUGUAACUCUCAUGAAUUCCCCCUCCCCUCCUGUGGGUCCCUCUCCCCUCCACUACCAUAAAAGUCCCUCCGACGCGCUCCUCGGGGCUCUUCUCCUCUACCCCUGCGUGGGAUACGAGUUGAGCCCCAGCGCGCUGGUCCCCGAAUAAAACCUCUUGCUGUUUGCAUCAAGUGGCGGCUCUCGAGACUGAUUGGGGUGUGCGUCGAUCUCGGACCAGGGCAGUGGGAUCUCCCACAGACGGACCUUACAUUUGGGGGCUCGUCCGGGAUAUAUGACCACCCCUCAGCCUUCGACAGCACCCUUGGAGGUAGGUUUAACGUGUGCCGGCUUUCUGUUGUCUUUGUCUUAUUUGUAAUCUGUCUUAAGGUUGAUCUGUGUGGCCUGUGUUAAGUUGUACACACUCGGUCUUUUGGUUUCGGUUUUGGCAACCGUCUGGUCCCUCGUGAGAGUGACCAGGCUGGAACCGGCAGACGUGCCCGGAAGGGUUCCAAGUUGCACCCUGGGGGACGCCCCAAGGGAGGUGGAGGACCAGGGACGCCUGGUUGCCUCCUACUGGAAAAUCCUUGCUUUGGAAGAAGGUAAGGUACUGCUCUUGCAUCGCCAGGAGGUGGGGUAUCGACCCUCCGUCACUCUCCACCCUCGGUGGCUUUGUAAGAAUCGGAAAGGCCGCACAGUGUUAAAUUGUGUUUUGUCUGUAAUAAUUGUCUGUUUUUUCUUGGUACUGUAUACAUUGGCAAUGGGACAGAAGAUCUCAACCCCCCUUAGCCUGACGAUAGACCACUGGUCAGAAGUGAAGACCAGAGCUCAUAACCUAUCCGUGGAAAUAGGAAAGAAAAAAUGGCAAUCCUUCUGCACGUCUGAAUGGCCCACCUUCGGGGUCGGAUGGCCACCAGAGGGGUCUUUUAACUUACCCCUCAUUUCUUCUGUAAAAGCCCGUGUUUUCCAGCCAGGCCCUAAUGGGCACCCCGAUCAACAACCAUAUAUCAUUGUGUGGCAAGACCUGGUUCAAAACUCACCUCCGUGGGUCAAGCCGUGGCUCUUACAGGCCCUAUUCACAACAGAAGAGAGAGAAAGAAUACUUAUGGAAGCCCGAAAGAAUGUUCCAGGGGAGAACGGGCUUCCCACUACCCUCCCCAAUCUCAUCGACCUCGCUUUUCCCUUGAGCCGCCCGGACUGGGACUUCAAUCAACCUGAAGGUAGGGAGCGGCUGCGUGUCUACCGCCAGGCUCUAGUGGCUGGUCUCCAUGGGGCUGCUCGGCGGCCCACUAAUUUGGCCAAGGUAAGAGAAAUUAUCCAAGGGAGAAGUGAACCCCCCUCCGUAUUUUUGGAAAGACUGAUGGAGGCAUUUCGUAGGUACACUCCGUUCGAUCCCACUACUGAGGGACAAAGGGCCUCCGUAGUCAUGGCCUUCAUAGGGCAGGCAGCACCAGAUAUUAAGAGAAAGCUGCAGAGAUUAGAGGGUCUACAGGAUUGGACCCUGCGAGAUUUAGUAAAGGAGGCAGAAAAAAUAUACUAUCGGAGAGAGACAGAUGAAGAAAGGGAACUAAGGAAGGAAAUGGAGGAAAACAAAAAGGAGAUACAAAAAGAAAAGAGACUAGAAAAAAGCUUAACCCGGAUUCUGGCUGCAGUAGUAGACAAGCAGGACCAGGGCAAACCUAAGCAGAUAGGAAAUCUGGGCAACAAAAGAGGCAAUAGGCGACCGCUCUUAGACAAAGACCAAUGUGCAUACUGCAAAGAAAAGGGACACUGGGCAAAGGAGUGUCCCCAGAAAAAGUCCCUACAGAAAGUCCUGUCCUUGGCCGAGGAAGACUAGGGAAGUCGGGGCUUAGGACCCCUCCCUGAGCCCAGGGUAACCCUUAAAGUGGAGGGGAAACCCGUUGAGUUCCUAGUGGAUACAGGAGCCCAACAUUCAGUUCUAUUACAGCCCUCUGGGCCCUUAUCAGACCGCAAGUCCUGGGUGGUUGGUGCCACCGGACGGCAAUUAUACUCAUGGACUACCCGAAGAUCUGUAGACUUAGGCGUGGGCCGGGUAACCCACUCGUUUCUGGUGAUUCCAGAGUGCCCAAGUCCCUUGUUGGGAAGGGACCUUCUAACUAAGCUUGGGGCCCAAAUCACGUUCACGCCCAAGGGCCCCCAAGUAACAAAGAAAGGGCAGCUAAUUACCGCCCUUACCGUAAGUUUGGAAGAUGAACACCGAUUAUUUGAGCCAGACCUCGAGCCUCCAAACCUCACGGACUGGGUCAAACGCUUCCCUGGGGCAUGGGCAGAAGAAGCAGGGAUAGGACUAGCUAAACAACGACCUCCUGUGGUCAUAGAAUUAAAAGCCUCUGCAGAACCAAUAGCCAUCCGACAAUAUCCAAUGAGUAAAGAAGCAAAGGAAGGUAUCCAACCUCACAUACAGCGUCUAUUAAAACUUGGCAUAUUGGUGCCCUGCAAGUCACCCUGGAACACUCCUCUGCUGCCAGUAAAGAAGCCAGGGACCAAAGACUAUCGUCCUGUGCAGGACUUGCGAGAAGUCAAUAAAAGAGUUCAGGACAUACACCCCACGGUCCCCAACCCCUACAACUUGCUAAGUACUUUGCCACCCGAUCGUAUAUGGUACACUGUUUUAGACUUAAAAGAUGCCUUCUUUUGCCUCCGCCUCCAUGUUUCCAGCCAAAGUAUGUUUGCCUUUGAGUGGGAAGACCCUGACUCCGGAGCCACCAGGCAGCUCACCUGGACUAGACUACCUCAGGGAUUCAAAAAUUCGCCAACCCUCUUCGAUGAGGCCCUGCACCAAGACCUAACCUCGUUUAGGAUGUCUCAUCCUCAGGUAACCUUGCUCCAGUACGUUGACGAUCUCCUCCUCGCUGGAGCCACCAUAGAAGACUGUUAUCAGGGAACUGAAGAUCUCCUAAAGGAAUUGUCGUCAUUGGGGUACAGGGCGUCGGCAAAAAAGGCCCAAAUCUGCCAGCAACAGGUAACCUACUUGGGAUAUAUCCUAAAAGAGGGAAAAAGGUGGCUAACGGAAGCUAGGAAGCAAACUGUGACUCAGAUCCCCGUACCCCAAUCACCAAGACAGGUGAGAGAAUUCUUGGGCACGGCGGGAUUUUGUCGGCUCUGGAUACCUAGCUUCGCCACCCUGGCAGCCCCCUUGUACCCCUUAACUAAGGGAAAUUCCCCUUUCGUAUGGGGAUUAGAACAACAAGAGGCCUUCGACAAUAUCAAACGGGCCUUGCUGUCGGCCCCCGCUCUAGCCUUGCCAGAUGUGUCCAAACCCUUUACUCUCUUUGUAGACGAGCGGGGCGGAACAGCCCGCGGAGUGUUAACCCAGGCUCUAGGACCUUGGAAACGGCCGGUGGCAUAUUUGUCAAAAAAACUGGACCCAGUAGCCAGGGGAUGGCCAAUAUGUCUCAGAUGCAUAGCCGCCGUCGCUGUUUUAGUCAAGGACGCUGAUAAACUAACCUUGGGACAAAAAUUAACUAUAGUGGCCCCCCACGCAUUAGAGAGCAUUGUUCGGCAGCCACCAGAAAGAUGGUUAUCUAAUGCUAGAAUGACCCAUUACCAGAGUCUCCUCCUCAACGAGGAACGGAUCCAAUUCGCUCUCCCCACUGCCAUAAACCCGGCUACCCUGCUACCCGAGAUAAGCAAAGAUGCCUCGCCCGUACUUCACUCGUGCCAGGAGAUCCUAGCUGAAGAAACCGGAGUCCGACAAGACCUCCGGGACCAACCCCUCCCAGAUGCCGAUCUCACAUGGUAUACUGAUGGGAGCAGUUACAUCAUUGAAGGUAAGCGGGUAGCCGGGGCAGCAAUAGUGGAUUCCAAAAAUACCAUAUGGGCUAGUAGCCUACCAGAAGGGACGUCUGCUCAAAAAGCUGAAUUAAUUGCCUUAACACAGGCUCUCAAAUUGGCAAAAGGCAAAAAGGUCAAUAUUUAUACAGACAGCAGGUAUGCAUUUGCCACGGCUCAUGUACAUGGCGCCAUCUAUAGGCAAAGAGGGCUACUUACCUCAGCGGGAAAAGAAAUUAAAAAUAAAGAUGAGAUCCUAGAUCUGUUAGAAGCUAUACACAAGCCCCUCAAGGUGGCCAUCAUCCACUGCCCUGGCCACCAAAAGAAUAAAUCGGAGGUAGCCUUAGGAAAUCAAAAGGCAGACAAAGAGGCAAAAAAGGCUGCUCAUGGACUCAAUCUCCUCCCAGUAAGGGAAAUAACAAACCAAGUCAAAAACCCGAUGCAGACAGGUGAUAAAACUCCCCUGUCUGAAGCGGAAGCAAAGACGUUCCUAAAACACCUUCACCAGCUAACCCACUUUGGAGAAAAACACCUCAAAACUUCAGCCAGAAGGUCCCCCUACUACAUACCGAAUAUAGAAACACUGGCUCACGAAAUUGUUAAAAACUGCAUCCCAUGCCAAAGGGUGAACGCUACCUCUAACACGGUCAGUAGCGGAAAGAGACUGCGGGGGGACCGGCCUGGCUUAUACUGGGAGGUGGACUUUACUGAAGUAAGACCUGGAAGAUAUGGUAAUAAAUACUUACUAGUGUUUAUAGAUACCUUCUCCGGGUGGGUAGAAGCUUUCCCCACCAAAACUGAAACAGCUCAAGUGGUGACCAAGAAGCUUCUGGAGGAGAUCUUCCCCCGUUUUGGAGUACCUAAGGUAAUCGGGUCCGACAACGGACCAGCCUUUGUUGCCCAGGUAAGUCAGGAGGUGGCCAGAAUCCUUGGGGUGAAUUGGAAAUUACAUUGUGUAUAUAGACCCCAAAGCUCAGGACAGGUAGAAAGGAUAAAUAGAACUCUAAAAGAGACCAUGACAAAAUUAUCCUUAGAGACUGGCGUUAUAGACUGGACAGCCCUCCUUCCUUACGCUCUAUUCAGAGUCCGAAAUACCCCUAAUUUCCUAAAUGUAACACCCUUUGAAAUCUUGUAUGGGACCAGCCCCCCAUUAGCCUCCAUGCACCUGCCCUCUUUGGAAUGUAUAACGAAUCAGACUUUGCUUGGCAGAUUCAAGGCCCUUGAACUCGUCCAAAAACUCGUGUGGAAGCCUUUGGCUGACGCCUAUCGACCCGGAGAUCUCCAAGUUCCCCACCAGUUCCAA